AUGAAGGGCAUUGUGAUUGCCAUCUUGCUGAGUUUAAGAUCGAUUGACUUGCGGCUCAUCCCUUCGAAUAACAAAGAUUAUAACAUCCAAGGUGGAUUAUUGACGGUUUGGAUGGUGAUUCUUCUCAUGCUCCACCGGGCAUGGGUGGCAAAGUCUCCACAAGGCUGCUGUGGCAGCUUCAUAGAAGACUUGCCGAUUUUUGCUCUUCAAGAUGACAGAGUUGUUGAAGUAGUGGGUGACGCAGUUGGUGUGCACAAGGCAAUUGAACUGAUUGUUAGAGUUUGUAUAGGAAAAGACACUUGCAUUUAG